CAAGGUUCUUCGUCAAUAUCGCGUCUAUUUAUUAGAAGUACGUAUAUAAUAUCUUGGCUGGCAACGCCAGCGGGGACAUACAAGAUACAUCCUUAUCUCACACCCAAAAUCUCACUUCGUGUAUCAAUCGACGACCUCCCAUCAUUAACCGAAUUUCUAAUUGUAUAAUAUCAAAGGCCAGUAAGAGUCAGUUUGAGCAAGUAUUGCAGAUCUCCUUAGACAGCUGACUCAUCAGCCCCGCUAUUACAAGACCAUAUCUCUCAAGUGAUGUCUUCACCAUGCUGAUCAACCUCGAUUUCUCCGAUGCAAAUAUGGGUUUCCUAUCACAACGAGCCACAGAGGCAGUUGGCGGACUGGACCUUCCAUGGAGAUUCGCACCGAGAGGGGACUAUGAUGCAGAUCAUAACCCAAAUGGUUUGAUAUCAUUUGGCACAGCUGAACAUGCUUUGGUGACGGAGGAUUUGAAGGAGUUCACAGACAAGAAUGUCGUCAUCUCCCAUGAGGAUUUCCUCUAUCGAGGUAGCCAUGCAGGGGGUUCUCGCUUCCCCAAAGCACUAGCGGCCCAUCUCAAUGAAUACCUUCAACCUUAUAGCCCUGUAACUCCUCAUAUGAUUCGGUGCGUUGGUGCUGCUACCGCAAUGCAUGAUAUUCUCGCAUGGGGAAUUGCAGACCCUGGUGAUGGUGUCCUGGCUAGCAGGCCUGUAUAUGGCCGAUUCGAGCUUGAUUUCGGCAACAUGUCUCAAGUCAGAGUCGUAUACUCCAACAAUACGAUAGAAGAAGCGUUUCAAGAUGACAUUGUCGAAAAGUUCGAGGAAGCGUUGUUGCGCUCUCGAAAGGCCGGCGUCAAUGUCAAGAUGGUGCUAAUCGUUAAUCCCCAUAACCCUCUUGGACGCUGUUAUCAUAAAUCAACGCUCAUCAGUAUAAUGCAAUUCUGUCAAAAGCAUAGACUGCAUCUUCUGAGCGAUGAGAUAUACGCCUGCUCCGUCUUCGAUACAGACGAGCCCGCAGCCCCCUUUGCCUCGAUACUUUCAAUCAAUCCGACUGAUCUUAUAGAUCCGGAACUUCUUCAUGUCACCUAUGGUCUAAGCAAAGACUUUGGUGCAGCUGGUCUUCGGCUUGGUGCCAUAAUCACUCGCAGCCAACCUGUCCUCCGGGCUAUCGAAGCGGCCAUGCGAUUCAAUAACCCCUCUGGAGCCAGCUUAGCUAUCGGAAGUGCCAUGCUUGAGGAUCGAGAGUGGUGUCGAGCUUUUAUUGACUCUUCACGGCUGAAGCUUGCCAAAGCCCACCGCCAUAUCACGUCCCAGCUCCGUGACAUGGGUAUCAAGUACUUACCCGGCAGCAACGCAGGGUUCUUUAUCUGGGUUGAUCUAUCCCCGUACCUUCCAUCCGACUUCGACGGAGAUUCGAAUCAAGAAUUUGCUCUGGCGAAAAGGUUUCACAAGAUGGGUGUGUUUCUGCACCCUUGCGAGGAGCAUUCUAUCGAGCCGGGAUGGUUCCGAAUGGUAUAUUCGCAAGAUCCAAGAACUGUUACCGAGGGGCUUCGGAGAAUCCAUAAAGCGAUUUCUUAGCCUGAAUGGCAGUGGAAAAGGAUAAUCAAACUUAUGACGGACAAAUUCAAACAAGUGCUGGAAAUUUCAAAGAUAGAGGUAGAAAACAGCCAGCCAUCCUACAUAGGAAUGUAAGUGGCUGUAGCUUUGAUAUAGCGCUAGAAAUCAAACCUCAGUCAUAGUGAUGAUGAUUUGAUACCCCAUCUUGAUACACACUUGUAUCUGCCACCUACUGGCUAAUAGCAUCCUCGAACUUCUUACCAGUCAACAUGAGGAAGGCCUCUCGGUAGCGGUCUGCUGUAGCCUGAACGAUAUCCUGGGGUAGCUCCACGCCCUCCUUGCCCUUGAGUCCUUCCUUAGUGAGCCAGUUGCGAAUGAACUGCUUGUCAAAGCUGUCCUGGUCGCGGCCAGGCAUGUAGCCGGCUGCUGGCCAGAAUCGAGAAGAAUCAGGGGUCAGAACCUCAUCGACGAGGUAGAUGUUUCCUUCCCCAUCCUUGGCAAAUUCAAACUUGGUGUCAGCCAAGAGAAUGCCUCGCUCUUCGGCAUACUUGGCGGCCUCCUCGUAUAUCUUGAGGGAAAGUUCCUUAACCCGGUCUGCAGUCUCACGAUCGCCAACCUCUUUCCAAGCGUCAUCAGGGUGGAUGUUCUCGUCGUGUUCUCCAGCAUCAGCCUUGGUGCUUGGAGUCCAGAUAGGCUGCUUGAACUUUUGGGCUUCUUCCAUACCAGGCUCGACGGUGAUGCCAUGGACGGUUCCCUUCUGCUUGUACUCCUUGAAAGCUGAACCUGUCAGGUAACCUCGUCUAUUGACUGUUAGUGCUUAAAUGUCCCUAUAGAGCACGAAACCGAAGACCUA